UACUGAAAUUUGGCAAAGUUGCAGAUAGGGAUGGUUCAGAGUGAAUCUGGGCGGGUUUGAAGUCGCUACUGGGUUUGAAAUUUUGUGGAUCCAAUCUGGCAACCUCUGCCCCAGGCCUUGAGUCAGGACUCCCGCUGCUCCGGCUCUGGCUCCGGCUCCGGCUCGGGUUCCGCGGGAUGGCUCGCGCUGAUGAACGCUGGAAAGUUUGGGCGUAAGAGCGCCGCAUCGUGCGCCAUGGCUUCACUCAGUCUGCGUCCUCGGUUAACGCAAAGAGCUUUAAUGCGAAAUGAAAGCCGUUUAAAAUGACCAUCCGUGUGUGUGUGUGUGUGUGAGGAAGACGGCUGAAGUGCACGAGCUUGCUCAGAUUUGAGGAUGCACUCGAAGCGCGGAUUUUGCGCGUUUGGCUCGGCCUUCUUACUCCCAGCUGUGCUCCUGACCCUUGUAGAGAGCGCAGAACCUAAUGUGCUGAAUGAAAUUACAGGUAGCUCUCCCGAAGGGCUUCUCCAGUACGAGAUUGUUCGCCCACAGAGAGUGGAUUCAGAUGGAGCUUUUAUCUCGAACCUCGUGUCCUACCGUGUGAGUCGGGUCCACCGGAGGCAGACUGUAGACAGCAUUGAAAGCCUGCCUCGUGUUUUCUACCAUUUACAAUACAAUGGCGAGAACUUGCUUUUCAACCUCACCCUGAACCCAUAUCUGCUAGCUCCUGGUUUUCUCACAGAAAGGCGAAGCGGUGGCCUCCGGGGCUCCACAUUACAUUCUCCUGGCAACUCUCUGUGCUACUUCCUUGGAGAGGUUUCGAGUGAAUCAGCUGCCAAAGGUCAAGCAGCUGUGAGCACCUGCGAUGGCUUGACAGGGCUGUUUAAACUCUCAGAGGAGGAAUUCUUCAUCAGGCCGCUGGAACAGACACACGGAUCAGAAGAGCCACAGGCUCAUGUCAUCUACAAGCGACAUACUACUGAGCACAACAGCCAGCUGGUGCAGCCUUUAUUCGAAGGGAAAACAUCCAACGGGACCUGUGGAGUCAAAGAUGUUCAGGGAAGAGCACGACGAGUAGAGAGACAGCGAGAGCGUUGGGAGAAACGGCAUCACCGGAGGAGAAAACGCUCCAUCAGCAGGGAAAAAUGGGUGGAGACUCUUGUGGUGGCCGACCCAAAAAUGGUAGAGUACUACGGCAAGACUGGAGCGGAGAGCUACGUUCUAGCUGUUAUGAACAUUGUUGCAGGGCUGUUUCGGGACCCGAGCAUCGGAAAUGCCAUCAAUGUUGUGGUUGUGCGUCUCAUUCUGCUAGAACAAGAUGAGGAAGACUUGAAAAUCACUCACCAUGCAGACAACAGCCUCAACAGCUUCUGCAAAUGGCAAAAGCACUUGAAUAUAAAAGGAGACGAACAUCCAGUUCAUCAUGAUGUGGCUGUCCUACUUACAAGGAAAGACAUUUGUGCUUCCACCAAUAAGCCAUGUGAGACGCUGGGGCUCUCUCAUGUGGCGGGAAUGUGUCAACCUCAUCGCAGCUGCAGCAUCAAUGAGGACACGGGUUUGCCACUGGCCUUCACCAUAGCACACGAGCUGGGACAUAACUUCGGGAUUGAACAUGAUGGCAACAGCAAUGACUGCGAGCCAAUUGGGAAAAGGCCGUUUGUCAUGUCUCCUCAGCUCCUGUAUGGAACAUCUCCACCCAACUGGUCGCGGUGCAGCCGCCAGUACAUCACACGCUUUCUGGAUCGAGGCUGGGGCUGGUGUCUGGAUGACCCUCCUGGCAGAAAUGAGCUGGCCGCUCAGUCUGUGCUACCUGGCGUUCUCUACAGCGCUGCCCACCAGUGCCGCCUCCAGUAUGGCUCCAGCUCGCUGCUCUGUGAUGACAUGGACAAUGUCUGCAGCACUCUGUGGUGCACUGUGGCCUCCACGUGUCACUCAAAACUGGACGGAGCAGUGGAUGGCACCAAGUGUGGUGAAGGCAAAUGGUGUUUGAAUGGCGAGUGUGUAUCAGUUGCAUAUCAGCCAGAGAAAGUGAACGGUGGGUGGGGGCCAUGGAGCGAGUGGUCGUCAUGCACCAGGACGUGUGGCGCAGGAGUGCAGAACUCGCACAGGGACUGUGUCAAUCCCACCCCAAAGAAUGGAGGGAGAUACUGCCUCGGGGAGCGCCGCAGAUACAGGAUCUGUAACCACCAGCCAUGCGCUCAAGGCCAACCCAGCUUCAGGUCCAUCCAGUGCAGCAAGUUUAACAGCGUCCCUUAUAAGGGCAAAUUCUACCAAUGGGUACACGUGAAUAACCAAAUAAAUCCAUGUGAACUUCACUGCCGCCCAGUGAACGAGUAUUUCUCAGAUAAGAUGGUGGAUGCAGUAAUUGAUGGAACCCGGUGCUACGAGGGUAGCCAGAGUCGAGACAUGUGCAUUAAUGGAAUCUGUAAGAGUAUUGGCUGUGAUUAUGAGAUCGACUCUAAUGCAGUUGAGGAUCAUUGUGGAGUUUGUCAUGGCAACGGAUCCACUUGUGAAACCGUGAAGAAGACCUUUGAGGAGAGUGAAGGCCUGGGCUAUGUAGAUAUUGGCUUAAUUCCAGAAGGAGCACGGGACAUUCGCAUCGAGGAGGUGGCCGAAUCUGGGAACUUUCUGGCUUUACGCAGCAACAACCCAGAAAAGUAUUUUCUGAAUGGCGAUUGGACAAUCCAGUGGACUGGAGAGUACAAGGCAGCAGGGACGGUAUUCAUGUACGAGAGAACAGGCCAGCUGGAGAACCUGACUUCCCCCGGACCAACUAUGGAGCCUGUAUGGAUUCAGCUGCUCUUUCAGGAAACUAACCCGGGCGUGAGGUACCAGUACACCAUCAGUAGAGACGUGCUGACUGAGUCCAGCAAUGGAAGCCCUGUCUCUGAUUUCCAAUGGAAACGUGGAGCAUGGACAGAGUGCAGCGCCACAUGUGGAACAGGUGUCAAGAGACAGGUUAUGCAUUGUGUUGAGCGAACGUUUGGAAUUGUGGAGGAGCAUUACUGUGACGCAUCCACUCGGCCAGACGACAAUCGAGUAAGCUGCAAUGCUGGAUUAUGCCCGGCCAUAUGGUGGGCUGGAGAAUGGCAGAAGUGCUCAACAAGCUGUGGGGGAUCAGGCCUGACUAAGAGAACAGUGGUGUGUAUUCGGAGUUUGGGGCUGGAAAAACACGAAGCCCUUUUGCCGUCUGAAUGCCAGCACUUGCCUAGGCCUGAGUCAAUCUCCCACUGCAACAAACACAUUUCCUGUCCUGCUGACUGGACUACAGGAAACUGGUCAGAGUGUGUCUGUGAUCUGCAGUGCUCUGUGAGCUGCUCAAGUGGCGUGCAGACACGUGAGGUGACGUGCAGCUGGAACACCGUGGUUGACUGCGAUCCUCAAGCCAAGCCUGCUUCUGAAAAGCCAUGCAACAUUCAAGACUGCCCCACAAACACGGACAGUGACUGGUCUGGAAGUGGCUCGUCAAGCAGAGAAGUUUUCAACGAGAAAAACUCGAUACCUGAAGACAACCACUUACCGAAAUCGGCCAAGGGAACAACUAGAGUUCAGCUCCAAGAAGACAAUACUCUCAACAGCAUAAUCGAGGGCGACUUCUCAUAUCACAAUCAACUCGAUGCUGACAAGUCAAUCAGAAACAGUGUUCUAGUUGAUGACUUUUACUAUGAUUAUAACUUCAUAAAGUUUCACGAGGAUCUCUCAUAUGAUUUUGACGGUGAAGGAAAUGGUGCAUCUGAUUACUCAGGAAUUCAUUUGAAGCAGGAACCCAAACCUAGUCUCAACACAGUUUACAGGGAGGGAGCAAAUCCUUCCACAGCUACCUCAUUUGCAAGCCAUACUAUGGUCCCACCAACCAUCUCCACUUCCGAGAGUCCUCGUUUUGACCAACCAGACGAGAGCAUCUCAGAAGUUGAUAUUGUUCUUUCAGAGGACUACUUCCUACCAGUUGGUACAACAGCCAGGCCACGCUCUCCCAUCACCAGAUUCUCUCAGAAAUGGAAGGAGUUAGAUGUCCCAAAUCAGGACUUUGACACUAUACAGAGCCUGUUACCAACGGAUGAGGUACCAUCUGAAAGAAUGUCAACAUCACAUGAUGCCAUUUCAAAUAUUAAUACAAGCUCUGAGCCUGAUAAUGAUUAUUACAGAGAGAUUCAGACAGACAAUAAUGUACCUGAGAUGUCUAGAAGUCAAAAAGACAACAAUGGUGUGACUAAAAGUGAUGGGGAGAGUGAGGAGUUGUUUGGUCAAGGGGGUACAAACCAACAGGAACAGCCAACAUGGCAAGAUCUCCAUGCUUAUGAGGAUACAUAUAAGUGGAAUAUGGCUCAGACUGUGUUAACACUAAGUACAACCUUGGAACCAUUGACUUCCCAAUUGAAUGUUGACAUUGGUACAAAGGUUGAAAUGCCCAUGGAACCACUUUCAAACAUAAAGCACAGGAGGAUCACAACUCCAGCCCCUUUGCCUGCCUGGACAGAGACUGGUUACAAUAAGUUCAUUGUUCCUUCAUUGCCAUGGUUCAAAGAAUACACUUCCCCUGUUCCCUCAGCGUAUCCAUCUCAGGGUCCUAACAGUCAGCCUCAAGCCACCACUGAGCCUGUUAUAGCCUCCCUGCUCCCAAUUGCCUCCACUGCCUUCUGGAUCACCAGCAACUGGAGCUCUUGUUCCACCAGCUGUGGGCUUGGUGCCAUUUGGAGGUCGGUGCACUGCAGCACAGGGAAUGACUCUGACUGUGAUAUGGCGAAGAGGCCAUUACCGGCGCGACGCUGCCACCUCCGGCCAUGCGCCAUAUGGAAGGCAGGAGAGUGGAGCAAGUGCUCGAAGAACUGUGGAGGAGGCCUGAAGGUACGAGAGAUCCAGUGUUAUAACAUGAGGGAUCAGAGGCCACUGAGGCCUUUCCACUGCCAAGCCACUUCUCUGAAACCCCUCACCCACCUGUCCUGCAACAUCCAGCUGUGUCUAGACUGGUAUACUUCCUCAUGGGGACAGUGUUCAGAGCUGUGUGGUGGAGGAGAGCAGCAGAGGAUGGUUACGUGUCCUGAAGAAGGGAAGUGUGAUGAGACACAAAAGCCCAGCUCAAUUCAGCAAUGCAACACUCAGCCCUGUGCGCAGUGGGUUACUGGAUCCUGGGGACAGUGCUCGGCGUCCUGCGGUGGAGGCGUACAGCACCGUCUGGUCAAGUGUGUGAACACAAAGGCAGAGCUGGAGGAAGAAGAGGAGAAGGACAAGGAGGCCCAAUGUGAUCACGAGCCCUGGCCAGAGAACACGCGCCAGUGUAACCUCCAUGACUGUGAUAGCGCCACAUCUGGUCAGGAGUGUGUACGCGACCGUCUGACAUUCCCCUUCUGCCAGAAGCUCCAGUGGCUCGGACGAUGUCACCAACCUACAGUUCGAUCACAGUGCUGCAAAACCUGUGAGCAAGGAGGCCGCGGUAAUGAGCGAGCCACUCGCCGCUGAGAGAGGAGGAGGAUCUGGGAGACCUUUUUUAAACCAAGGGAAUUCUGACUUUCCUUUUUUUAAACCACUCACACACACACACACACACACACACUCCUACACACACCAAAUCUAGGACAAGCCUUAAGAAAAGCUUUGUCUCCACUGACCUGCAGGAUCCUGCCGAGGUACCAAGGCUUCAUCCUUUAUUCUGUAGCAGUAAAUCAAGACCUUGAAGAUGUUGUAGCGCUUCUCUGAGUUUUGAGCAUUCAUGAAGCACCUCAGAUGAAUAACACAGUUUUCAAGAUUAUAACAUGUUUAGUAGCAUUGAUUCACUAAUUCUAGACAUUAAAAUUUACAUUAAUGUAUUGAUAACCUUCAUAGACAUCAGACAUGGAGGAUUUCAUAUACCACCAUGGUAUUGAAUGAAGGAAGCUUAUCAGCUGAGUGCCAAAUUUGCAAUUCAUCAUUAUCUAUCCUAUAGCAAUAAUUCAUUCAUUCCUUCUUCAAUCUUUUUGGAUUAAUUAAUUAAUCUUUUUUUUCAGUUGAACAUACAUAACCCAAGCAAUAGCAAAUAAUUAUGCCCAAUUUUUGUCACCAUCUUAAUUUUUUACUCAUAAACUUACAAUAAGGACUGAAUUUCUGUCUAGCAUUGUAGAUAAGCAUGUAGUUCUGUUUAUUAAACUUCUUAGAAGAUGAGCUAAAAGCUCAAACAAUGCUUUCUACUGAUUGCAGCUAUUACUUAAUCAGUGUAUAAACCUAGUGGAAGUGUAAAGAAAAAGUGCUGCCAAAAAUAAACCUGGUGCUACGGGCCGCUUUAUGGCCCAAACUCAAUUCAGGGGUUUGUGGGCCGGUGUCUACUUGAAAAAAGGAUCUGAUAUAAAUGUGUGCUUAGAAGCAUUUAGUUUUACAUUGGUACUAAAUAUUAAUUGGGAAAAUGACACCUAUAUGAUUUUCACACCAUUGCAUUGUUUUUGGGAAAUUAGUUCUAAAUGUUAAAGGAGCAUUAGUGUAUUUUUGGUCUUGAAAGUAACAUUUGUGAAAUUUGCAAUUCUCAGGUAAAUUUAUCAUCCCACUUUUUUACUUUGCAGUAUUAUUUAUGUAUUGUAUAGUGUGCAUCAGUUAGACAGGAAUGCUUGACAUUAUCUCACCACAUACAUUCAUAUUUCAAAGCAAUCAGAUCUUUAAGGCAAGAAACUACAGGUAGAAAUGAUGAGUUCAGCCACACCAAUCAUCUUUUCAGAUGUCUGAAUAAAUUGUAUAAAGUGUGUACUCUAAUAAAAUGUCACAAUAAAAAUAAAUAAAAAUGUAAUAAAAAUGUCACAACAGAAAAAUGUUUUUCACUGUUUUUUUAUUCCACUCGCAACCAUUAUCAAAAUCUGAAACGUAGCAACCUUAACAAAUGCCUUAAGCUCCUCCCACUUCAGUUACGUCACGUCAUAUAUCUUAGAAAAGCUUGUUUCCUGAUAUGUCAAUUAUUGUUCAAAUGUUCAUUACUAUCCCUAAUUAGAAACAUAUUACAGAGGAAUGUCCCAAAAUGUUGAUACUUGUUGGAUAAUGUUAUUACAUUAUGUAAUUUUAUAAUGAAAAU